GUGGGAAUAGAGGUGUGCUUCCCGCCCCUCGGGGGCUCCCCUUAUCAACUCGGGUGGCGAAUAAAGGAAGAAGUUUACAAUUAAGAUAUGGCAGAAAUGAAGUCAAUGUUCCGGGAAGUGCUUCCAAAACAAGGGCAGCUGUCUGUGGAAGAUAUAACCACAAUGGUGCUAUGUAAGCCCAAACUUUUACCCUUAAAAUCUCUGACUCUGGAAAAACUGGAGAAAAUGCAGCAAGCAGCCCAGGAUAUGGUUCACCAACAAGAAUUGGCAGAAAAGGAAAAGCAGCAAAUAACCCACUGAAUGAUGACCUAGUACUUCCACCACAUCCCUGCCUGUUUCAUAGUAACCAGAAAGAAUAUCCACAUCUUAUACUAAUAGAAAUGUAUUAGUAAAACUAGCAACAAUCUAUAGAUACUGCAGAAAUACCAAGAUUGAGCUGUGCGACGGCCUCCAGAUUUGGUGGGAAUUGGAUCUCAAACUCUUGUUUUAUGGAAGCGUCUCAGCCAACGGACCACUUAGGUCUCCCGGUCAGGCAACUGCUGGAACCUCAGGAGAGGUUGAGAUGCCUGGGCUGGCGGAGGAGCUUGCCAGAAGUGGCGGCGCCCAGCACACACCAUCAAGAGAUGAAUAGGGAAAAUGGUGGAGGCCAUUGCUACCUUCAUUAACAAAACCUGGGCUUCCCUAGAUAAUCCAUCCAGAAGCUGGCUGCACUGAUGAUGAGCAAAUAGGAAACACCUUGGCCUACCAGGUGAACAAUUCCCAAGCCAAGGGAGGUGUAGAACCUGCAAUUUGAUGUCCAGAUAGUAUAACCUGAGAGGAAUUCCAUUUCUUAUAAGAAAGGUUUGAACAAUAUGUAAGAAAUAGCCUAAAAGUUUACCUUAAGAUUCACUGCAUUUUGGCUUAAUUCCAUGUGGUCCAAAGACUUCCCAUCCAUGACUGGGUUCAGCCAGGGGCAGCAGUCUGGAGAUACAGCCCAGGACAUGCCUGACACCAUCCCAUAAUGGUUGGAUGCUUUGUACUGGGCUCCAAGAAGCCGUAAGGGAAGACAAACCUGCUUUGAAACCCUCAGCCAAGACCGGCUCCUCAAACACGUGCUUUGCUGAGAUGCUGGGACAACUCUCAACCCCUUUUGACUUUGUGCUGCCAGUUGGCAAUAGAUGAACCAGCCUUUUUCUUGCUUCAGGAAUAACACCCUGUGCCCUCAAGGGAGUAAGGAGACAAGCCUGAUGGAAGGGGACAGCCCUCUUGGAGGCAGUGCCCGUGGCGAAUAUGGAGCAGCAUGACUUUUCACUGGGGAAUUGCCCCCAUCCAGAAGGGCGAGACCACCCAGAAAAUGAGCCAUCACUAGAGAGAACCCCAUGUUUGCAGCCAGCACAGGGUCAUGUUUGCCAAGUGUACUUUCCAUAAGGGAGACCCGUGUCAGUAGGUAGCUUGUCCCACCUACCUGCUGAUAAGAGGAGUAGAUGUGUUUUUCUUGACAGAUGGGAAUUAGAGAUGAGAUUCAGCCACCAAAAACCCCAAGAUUGAUGAGACCUAUUAGGAAUUUAAAUACUUGGGUUUGCAUUGAAUACAAGAAAUUAAAAUACUUUUAACCAAAAUAUCUGGCGUCUUACCCAAGUCAAGUUCUUGGAACUACAAGUUACUCAGUAUGCCAACUGUUAAUCAGGUUUACAGACAAUAUUCUCAGGUUUAAGUGGCUACAUGCAGUGUUUGUGUUCAGACUCAGGUUUCUAUAAUACCCAAUACAAAGUGUAUAUAAAUAAGUUUUUCACUAAACUUAUGUUUAAGGUUAUCUUGAGCUAACUUGUAAUGACUGAAGAGCUUCUUAAAAGUUGUUUUAAUUAAAACCUCACCUAUGCUGUAUGGUCAUCUAAAUUCUUGACUAUACUGCAUUUCAAAACUUAAAAAUCAUAUGGCUACCUUCAUCAAGGUCUUGAAAAAUUAAAUACAUGAAAGUGUUUAUUAUAAGGUGACUUCAAAAGUUCUUCGGAAAAUCUUAUCCUUUCAUUCCAUUUCCCCAAAAAUUUUAAGGCUCUGCCCAAUAUAAGCCAAAGUAACACAGACUUGAAAGAACCUAACGGAAAUGUGAAGAUUUAGAAUUGUAAUUUUAAAAGAUAAUCUAAACUUAUCAUAGAUACAGUCCUAAUACUUGUAUAAAGAUUCUGGCCAUAAUUCCAGGUAAUUUUGCUGAAUCACUAAUCAGCAAUGUAAGCAAGCAUAGACCUGACACCUGGCUGAGUAAUGCCAGCAUUUACUGGCAGCUGAUAGUUUCUUAGAUGCUGUUAAAUGCAAAACCUUUUGAGUCUUUGGAGAAUAAUUUUCCUAACAUUUUAGUAGUAGAACUUAAGAAUUAGCAUAGGUACUAUACAAAUUUUUGAAACUUCACUAAGCUCUAGCUAAACAGGUCAGUGUAUAGGGAGUAGGGGUCCCUGCAUUUGUCCCCAUUUAAAUGUUUCUAAGAUGCAUUUUAUGCUUGUAAUAUAAAUGCUAGCAAGAAAAAAGCAAAUUGUCAUCCUUGUAUGAUUUAAAUUUUGCUGUGUAAAGUUACAAAGCUCUUUUGUUUUUUUAAGACCUAAAAUAAAUAUACUCAAUAAGAAUCAA